AUGGCGACCGAAGACGGUCCCAGCUCACACACUCAGGGAGAUCCACCUUCCCUGCCCGAGAUUGAUGCUCAAUCGUCUUUGCAUCAUGGUGUAGCUGACGUGUCCACGGAGGAUGUGCUCGAACCUGCGGACGCCUCUUCAACACAGCCUUCCACAACAGAGCAUCCAUCCACAAGCUCUGACAACAUGGCAGCGAAUCUCGACACAAAUCUUGCGCCGUCUUCAAUAUCUGUCCCAUCUUUGCCGGCUGAUGCCAAGAUGCCUUCGAUCACUGCAGAACCGGCACAACACGCGUUUGCCUCGUCUAAUCUUUCCGACAUUCCUGAUGAGGUCCUGGCAUUACCGAGCGAUCAGUACUCCACCGUUGCAGCACCAAUAGACAAUCAAGAUCCACCAAAUGAGGUUAGCAUCGAUCCAGAACACGCCAUGGACGACUACCGCGCCGUCAUCAAUGCACCUCUGCCGUCCAUGCUCAACAGCAACGCCAUCCCACUCGAGGAGGAUGCUUCUGGUGAUCUCUCGGCUUCGUCCAAUGAAGCGCUCACGCUCACAUCCACCGUCUCCAGAGGUAACUACCAUCAGUGUGGCUCAGCGCGGCGUGUCAAAGUCUACGAGCUCAAAGGCGAGACGUGGUUCGAUCGAGGCACCGGAUACUGCGCUGGCGUCUACGACGAGACAGUCGACGAAGCCCUCUUGGUGGCUCGCAGAGAGGAAAAGUGUCAGUUCCUCGAGGGCAUCGAUGUACCCGCCGAAGCUGAUGUCGACGAGACUGGACCAGUGUUGACAAAUGGCAACGGUGAGCAAGGCGCCACAAAUCCAGCAUCCACACCGCCGCAGCCAUGUCAAUUUGUAGUGGUUGUCAGCGAGAAUCUAGGGUCUGAGGACAUUCUUCUUGCCAGUAAGGUGGUCAAAGAGGAAGUCUACCAACGGCAGCAGGACACGCUAGUAGUGUGGACAGAACCGACUGGGGUCGACAUGGCACUCAGCUUUCAAGAAGCAGAAGGCUGCAACGAGGUCUGGGAGUUCCUUACAGAGGUGCAGAAGCACUUUAUGGGCCUGGCCGAAGAAGCACUCACCGACUCACCGCCAACAACACCAAAUCCACAUUCACCGACCGGCGUGCUCGGCAUGUCAGCUUCCGGCUCUGGCCUCGAGCCGCUUCUCAAUAUCAUGGGCGACUACAAAGGUCUGCCAGAACCCAGUCUUGCCAGCCUGGAAAAGAUCGAUGCCAUGCUCAAAGAGACCACUGCACGAGGGCCCAUGAUGCGCGAAAAGCUCACCACAUGGCUCAUGGAAGCUCAUUACAUCCGCAAACUCGUCCCCUUUUUCCACAGCGUUGAAGAACAUGAGGCACUUCCAGCCUUGCACAUGCUCUGCACCAUCAUGCAAACGCUCUUGCUCCUCAACGACAGCUUCCUCUUCGAAUACAUCUUGCAAGAUGACGUCUUCCUCGGCGUCGUAGGCAUGCUCGAGUACGAUCCAGAGUUUCCAAGCUUGAAGGCCAAUUACCGCGACCAUUUGACGCAGCGUGCGCGUUUCAAGCAAGUCAUUGACAUUGGUGACCCCAUGAUCGUUGCCAAGGUCCAUCAGACCUAUCGGCUCCUCUAUCUCCGCGAUGUAAUUCUGGCCCGUGUCGUUGACGAUCCCACUGUCUCGAUCCUCAACUCGUUCAUCUUCUUCUACCAAAACGACAUCGUCAAUUACUGCUCCCACGAUCUCUUCCUCAGUGAGCUCUUCCGUAUGCUCAUGAAUCCGGAGGAGCCCAAGGAAAGACGUUCAGAGGGCGUUCUCUUCCUGCAACAGCUUUGUGCGAUGGGCAAGCUCAUUCAGCUUCCCGUGCGCAUUUCGCUCUACCGCACACUUACAGAAUGGGGUCUCUUCAACGUCUUGCAAUACGCGCUCGAGAAUCUGGGUCAGACUGCACGAAAUGCCGCUGCAGAGAUUCUCAUGACCAUCAUCGAAUACGACGCCAACAGCAUGCGCGCUCAGGUCGUAUCGCAAGUAGAGCAGAACACGAAGCCACUGGUAAGCAUGAUGAUUGACAUGCUGCAUAACGAGCGCGAUCCAGGCCUCAAGACACAGAUCGCUGAGGCGAUGCGCAUCAUCUUCGACGUCGCUUCGGAUGGUGGACCGAUGGCAACACAAGCGCAGGUGCUUUCAGUGCAGGGUCUCAAUAAAGCAAAAGCAGAUCCCGACCGCUUCUUGACGUGGAUUUACGAAUCCGAGAUCGCUCGCCUUUGCUCGCCGUUCAAUUCGCUACCAGACUUCCGAGUACUGUCCAAAGGUGAAAAGCUUCCAACACAGCCUCGUCAUCGAUCCGCACUCUACGGUCACCUUUGCGACUUGUUGUGUCACAUGAUUGCGCAUCACUCGUUCAGGAGCCAGUACUUUGUGCUCACCUCCGAGAUCUCGAAGAAGGUCGGUUCGUUGCUCCAUGCACGCGAAAAGUACCUCCGACUCUCAGCAUUACGCUUCUUUAAGUACUGCCUGGCGAGCAACAACCAGUUCACCAAUCGUCACUUUAUCAAGAUCGAGCUCUUCUCCACCAUUCUGGGUCUCGUCGAGGCGGAAGGCGACCGCAACAAUUUGGUUUCCUCCGCCUGUUUGGACUUCUUCGAGCACAUGAGGAGGGAGAAUUUCAAGACGUUGAUAAGCCACUGCAUGGAUCGCCAUGGAUCUCGGAUGCGACUUCUCGCAGAACAGUCUCACACUGCGCCCUGCUUCUCGUUGCUUGUCAGUCAGUGGGAAAAGAACCAGGAGCCGCUGUCACAGCAAGAGGCCGCCGAGCCCCUGCACCGCGCAGGCGAGGUGGAUGAAAAGUCUCAGCAGCGACCCGAGGCAGCUCGUGGCCAGAUUGCAAUUGCAGCAGCUGAUCCCGACGAGGAGAACUACUUCCAAGAAGAAGACGAAGUCGUCCAGGAUGUCGAGGCGCGUGCCACUGGCUCUGCCAUUGGUCUUGUUCCUUACGGUGACGACGAGGACGAAGACGGCGCCAAUAAUGGGCAAUCCAUCGCACAAGAAAGCGGCAACAAGACAGCAGCGACUGGGCCGUCGGAAGGCACUUUGUCACUUUCGUCUCUUACAAAGGUCCCGGAGAAGCGUCGCAGGAUGGAGGAAGAUGAUGAUGCAGAUGACCAGCUCUCUCGGCUGUCGAGACGCAAGUCAGGUCGAGUGUCGAAGAACAAGAACAAGGCUGACUCCGACUCAAAGUCUCCAACUGAAGAUGAAGACGCCUCCAACUCGCAAUCGUCGGGCGCUUUGUUCCUUCGAAACAUGGCAACUACGAUCAGCAACACAUUUGGAGGCGGAAGUGACAAGCGCGAAAGAUCUCGGUCGCCCUCCCCCAAAAGAUCGAAGGGCAGUCAGAGUCCGUCUAGUUGUACAGAGGACUUGUCAGCUUCACCGAAGCAGGGAGCCGACAGCAGCCCUGCGACUUCCGCCUCACCCGGCAGCAAGCCUGGCAAUACCAACGCCAGCAAGAAUGGAGCCAGCGGUGUCGGAGGACUCGGUAUCAAGAGGAUCUCACUAGGCUUGACAGGCUCGUCCAAGAAGAUGGCAGCACAGUCAGACGUUCGUUCGACAGAUAAGCCCGAAGACGAAGAGUCAUGA